AUGCUUCCUCUUAUGAUUUCUGAGAACCAGAGUGGGUUUUUGAAAGGUAGGCUCAUCAUUGAGAACAUUCAAUUAGCUCAAGAAAUUGUUCAAAACAUCAAAAGCAAGAACAAAGGGGGAAAUGUGGUGAUUAAGCUUGACAUGGCAAAAGCAUAUGACAGAAUGUCCUGGCCCUUUAUCAAUGUUGUUUUAAGAAAAUUUGAUUUCUCUGAGGAAGUCACAAAUCUUAUUAUCGAAAUUGUCUCCAAUGUAUGGUAUUCUAUCAUUAUCAAUGGCACAAGGAAUGGAUUCUUCUCUUCAUCACAGGGCCUAAAACAGGGAGAUCCUCUUUCCCCCUCUCUUUUUAUUAUUGGUGCAGAAGUAUGCUAUAGUAAUUUUUACAAGUGGAAAUACCAAAUCACUCAAAAUGAUUAUGAAACAAAUCCAAUGCACCAGGAACUAGCCCUAAACGGGGAUAAACAAGAUUAG